UGAAAGAAUGGCAUGUCUUGGUGCAACAAGAUCACGAUGUUGGCGGCUGUCGAGAUGGUCGCACGAGGAUGCGGUGAAGAGGCCAUGAGAGCAGAAGAAGGAUCCAUCAUCCAUCACGGGACCUACACCGCACACAUAUAUAUACAGAAAGAGAGUGAAAGGAGAAGGGACUGCAGAUGCAAACAACGGGGGUCGCAGCUGAGCAAGGGGGCUUUGCUUGCGGUGGUCACAUUAGCGUUAUCGCCAAGAGGGCCUGCUUUGUCGAGUCCGAAGCCUGCAUGUUUGCCCAAAGGCAGAUGCGCCGGCGCCGGCCGGGGGGGGAGGGGAGCAAGGGAAUAUGGAAUAGGUUUUUCCUUCCCUUACCUCCUUCUCGAAAUUGUCGAGACAGCCGAGGUCUUGGAGCCGCGUCCAAUCUUCAGCAGAGAAGACGACCAUUCGUGGAGGGAUGGAUAGCAGCCUGGGUUCAAUCAUACAACCCCUGCCCUUACUUGAACGUCUCCUGUCAUCUUAGCGCCGCACAAGACCUGGAGCUGGUGUCCGAAACGUCAGAUGGCAACGCUUCUGGAGGAGGGAAGACGCCGUCCGAGCCCACGAGAAUACCGCGGCACGCGGCUGGCGAGCUGCGGCGUGCUCUCAUGAGAUCAGAAGAGGAAAAAAGAAAGAAAAAAAAAAACCUACAGCCCCCGUCGCGAGGGGGCCAGCUGGGGGCCACGCGAGGUGAGGCGCAAUAUUCCGGGACCCCUUGCGCUGUGUUCGUGGCCCGGCAAAUCUAGACGUCGAAGUCGGCACGCCCAAUAUGGCAAGCGAGGCGGCCGCAAAAGCACAGCGGAGGAAAUCAUGGCUGACGCGAAGAAUAGUAAGAAAAAGGAAGGAAGAACAAAAAAGC